CAAGCCUCCCAGUUGAACCAUGGAGUUUGUGAAACGGUUGAACCGGUUCCGUUUUUUCCAACACUCCUACCGGAAUCCCUCCGAGUUCUACGACAGCCUGAUUGUGUUCCCCAACAUGGUGGCCAAAAUCACCGGCAUGGACAUCUUCAGCGAGGGCUACCGGGUCAUUUCGUGGAGUUUGUUCUCCGUGGUGGUGCUGCUGACGGUUUACGUGUACACCAGCGUGGUCACCGCCUCGGAAGUCUGGGGCAGCACGGAGGAUUUGAUUUUUUGCUUCGUGACGGCUGGGAUUGGACUGCAGGGUCUUGGGAAGUUGUACACCUUUGUCGCUUUUCGCAAGGAACUGGUUUGGAUGCAUCAGUACAACAAGGAGCUGUUCCGGAAGGAGUGCAACCCGAGGGUUAGGAAAAUGCUGAUGGACAGUGUGUUUUUGCUGAGUGUGAUUGUUAAAACGAUGCUGGUUUGCUAUGCGUCGACCAGUAUUCUGCUGGAUGUUGCUCCGCUGCUGUUUUCGAUCCAAACUGGUGAGAAGAUCCUUCCGUUUGGGUUCUACAUCCCGUUUCUCGAUCGCAACGAGUGGUUCGGAUACUUUUGCAACUAUGCAAUGCACGUUUGCAACACCGUCUACGUUUCAUCCGAGGACAUGGGACCGGACUGCAUCUACAUAAUCAUGAUGAUGAGUGCCUUCACGCAGAUUGAUCUACUGAAGGAGUCACUCGCCGAGUUUAAUGAGAAAAUCGAAGAAAAUGAAGAUGACUUGGAUGCCUUCUUCGGUGAAAUCAUCAGACAUCAUCGGGAUCACCUGGAGUAUCUUCAAACGAUUGAAAAAGUGUUUCAGUUGAACUUCUUGAUCACUUUUGUCAGCUUGUCAACGGUUCUGGUUAUGUCGUUGUUCGCUGUGGUUACACUCUCCUGGUACCAAGGAUACGUGUUCGUUGCCUUCAUCAGCUAUGAGCUGUUCUUUGGCUCGUUUCUGGGCACCAUGUUGGAAAUAAAGAAAGAGCAGCUGCAGCAGGCAAUCUACGCCAUUUCGUGGUACAAACUGUCCAGCGAGAACCAAAAAUCGCUCCGUUUUAUGCUGCACGCGUCCCAGGAGUCGGUCAGUUUGACGCUGAUUUUCGCCCCGCUCAACAUGCCGACGUUUCUGCAGGUGUACAAAACGAUCUACAGCAUUUUCACGAUGCUGCUGACGGUGCGCGAGGAGUGAGCUGGGCAGCUCGUGGGAAAUCCGUGGCAGUUGAAAGCCUUUUUUGAAGGGAUAAGUUGAGAAACAUAAUUCAAUCUUGUGCUUUAUAACAAAGAAAAACAACGCCUUGAUAUACUUGAAUAAAACAUAAU